AUGAUCACUUAUUUAAAAGCUGCGUUGAUCGAUCCAACGAGCACAAAUAAGGUCUUUGGCUGCCAUACCCACUGGUUUCCUUUCCCAAAAUCCCUUUUGAGCUCCCUUUUAUUUCCCCAUUGUACAGUCGUGCACUUUACUAUGUCUUCUCCAUCACUUCAAGCAGCUGACCUGUUCAGCGUCAAGGGCAUUAUUGCCGUGGUCACAGGUGGUGGCACAGGCAUUGGUCUUAUGAUUGCUCAAGGACUUGAAGCCAAUGGGGCCAUUGUUUACAUCAUCGGGCGCAGGAAAGAGGCUUUGGAGAAGGCCGCCGGUACAGCGAAACAUGGCAACAUCCAUGCCAUUCAAGGCGAUGUCACUUCGAAAUCUGAUCUCGAGAGGGCUGUUUCAGAAAUUAAAUCUGCGCAUGGUUAUGUCAAUGUUGUGAUCGCAAACAGCGGCAUCGGAGGCCCGGCCUUGAAAGGCUUACCACCAAAUCCCUCAAUCUCCCAGUACCGGGACUUCCUGUGGAACUGGGAGCCCAAGGACUUUACUGAAACCUUUGCUGUCAACACCACAGGAGUUUUCUUCACUGCGGCGGCUUUUCUAGAACUACUUGACGAGGGAAACAAGCGUAGCAAUUUCAAGCAGCGAAGCCAAGUUAUCGCAACCAGCAGUAUUGGCGCGUUCAACCGCCAACCCAUGGGCUUCGCCUACGCAGGUUCCAAGUCGGCAGUUGUCCAUAUUUUCAAGCAACUGUCGACGGUACUGGUUCCAUUCAAUAUUCGAGCUAACGUCAUCGCACCUGGUUUCUAUCCUAGUGAGAUGACAACAGCUACCGUUGACGCACACAAGGAAUCCGGGUGGCCUAAGUCUGUCAUCCCCGAGGAAAGAGCUGGAGAUAUUGAAGACAUGGUGGGUGCAAUCCUAUACUUGGUCAGCAAGGCAGGCGCAUAUACCAAUGGCAAUAUUCUUGUGACAGAUGGCGGAAGACUUGCUGUGAUGCCGUCAGCCUAUUAG